UUCCCGCCCAGUCGCUCCAGUGCUCCGGUGCGUUCACGAGUUCACGAGUUGUAACCGGUAUAAAAUUUGAAAGGGUCAGAAGCAGUCAAAAGCGGUGGUUUAGUGAGGGUUGUUUGUUGCAAGGAAGUUCCGCGGAAAUUCAUUCAUUAUGUCUUGGUUACCACUGGAAUCUAAUCCUGAUGUUAUGAACAAGUACCUGUACAGCCUAGGUGUCCCUGAGAAGUGGCAAAUGGUAGAUGUGUAUGGACUGGACCCAGAACUUCUUGCCACUGUUCCUCGACCUGUUUUGGCAGUGGUGUUGCUGUUUCCAUGCUCUGACAAGUAUGAUGAGUAUAAGGCUGUACAGGAAGCAGAAAUUGAGGAGAAAGGCCAGAGUGUGUCUGAAAAUAUAUAUUACCUGAAGCAGGUUGUUACGAAUGCUUGUGGGACCAUUGCUCUUAUCCACAGUGUUGCAAACAAUGUUGACAAGAUCCAGCUUGAAGAUGGGCACCUGAAGCAAUUUCUAGAUGAUACCAAGACACUGAACCCUGAAGAUCGUGGGGACCUGCUGCAGAAGGCUGAGGGAAUUAUAAACACCCACAAGGAACUGGCUCUUGAGGGCCAGACAAAAGCACCUGACGCAAAUGAACAAGUCAUCUAUCAUUUUGUGACCUUCGUGCAUAAGGAUGGUGACCUGUAUGAGCUUGAUGGCAGGAAAUCUUUCCCAAUAAACCAUGGGCACACUUCAGAUGACACCUUGCUGGAAGAUGCUGCCAAAGUGUGCCAGCAGUACAUUGACCGUGAUCCUGAUGCACUGUACUUCACUGUUGUGGCUCUCACUGCAGCCUGAAGAAGUCUGCAGUCUUUGCUUUGGUCUAAACACCAUCAGAGAUUACAUCAUGCAGUGUGCUUCUGUGACCUGCUUACUGUGUUACCAUUGUUUUUUAUUAUUAUAUACCGUUUCUGACAACCAUUUAAUUCUGGGUGUCACUGUAUAAUUAGCUUCAAACUAAAAAAAAAGUGUGAAAUCGUUGGCAUUUAUUUUUGCUUUAACAAGUUCAAUGUUAUAUUUGUGGUUGUACUUGGUUAUGUGUUCUUGUCAGUUCUUUGGAAAAUGAUGUAAAAUUGCCAGCUGUGGUGACUUGGUUCAGUACUGCCUAGUGUUAAUUUGUACUGUGAAAAUGUUUGGGAGCUUAGGUUUCGUAAUUUAGCCUUAAAAUUUAAUAACUAUGGUUAUGAGGUCCAUGGUGGAUAAAUGCACCAUUUUGUAAAAAUGGUGCUGAGUUACUGAUGAUAGCUAAUAAAAAAAUUCACUCAGGGUCUUUUGAAUAUAUCCUAUGGUAUUUGGUACCAAAAGGUUGAACAUAUCAAAAUUCCUGUUUAAACAAAUUUUGACUGAUUUUAUGUAGCAAAUUUUCAUUGAAAUAUCAGUCUGUAUGCUGGAGGCCUCAUAGGUCAUGGGUACCCACUCUUCAGGAUAGUGAUCCUCUUAUGGCAAUAAGUACUGCAGCCUGCAAAGACUGGACUUUAAAAUAAAUUACUUUUCCCAUUAUUGGAAUUUUUAAAUAGGUUAUGUAAUUUGUGGGUGCACAUACUCACAAUGAAAGAUACUUUGUGGUGAACUGUGAUAACCACAGAGACUAGUAUGUGACUAAAUUGACAGUUCCUCAGUAUAACCAGCACAUUGUGUAGAUCCGUUCUAGGUUGUUUCGCUGUGAAGGUUGUCAAUGUGAUAUUAUAAACAGUUUAUACUUUAUUUAGUUAUAGUAUUUUAUAAUAUUUAGAGAUUGGUUGGCAGCAGCUCAGAAAUUAAAUCAGUGGCGAAUGCUCUGAUCUGGCUAAUAGUGCAUCACCAGACCAGUUAAUGUGCAGGAAUAUAAAGAUAAAUUUUCUUUUUCUCAGUUCUCUGUUUGUGUUAUGAUGUUUACAUUCCGCAGUGUUUCUCAGCUUCAUGUACCUCAUGGGAGGGUAAAGUAACUGCUUCAAAAGAAUCGAAAAACUGCUUUCAUGUGUGUGUUGCUGUGAAAAGGAGAGAAAGAAUAAAUUUUUAUUAGUAGUGCCAGGUCGUGCAAUUAUAUAUAUUCAUGUGGUUGGACUUCAAGAUCAGCAUUGGCAACUACUGAUAAGAUUUAAAGAAAUCUGUAAACUUCAUAUCAAUCUGAAACCUGAUAUUCAAGAUAAACUUCUUAGUAAUUUCUGUACAUUUAUUAUUAAAUAUAAAUUAGGCGUCUUCCUUUAGGAUAUUAUAUGCAAAUGUAAAUUUUAAAAAUUUCUAACUUUGAGCUACUCAGUAGUAUUAAUAGGUAUGUAACUUAAUUAUAUGAGAUAUCAUAAGUACCCAACUGUUCACAGCAAAAGUUCGUGGUGCUUGAUAAGUGUCCAAAAGACUUUAUCUUCAUUACUACAAGGCAGCUGCUAAUUAGAAGGCCAAAUUAUACUUUAAAAAGAUAUGUUUUGUUAUCAGACAAAAGGAAAGUCUGAGGACAUGAAAAUGUCCUCUGUACAAACAUUAGAUUCCAUACUACAGUUUAUGUUGUAUGUUUUCAAAUACAUAAUUUUGUCAGUUUGAAGCUAGAGGAUGCUUACUUUCUGUGCUGCAGCAAGCCAUAUGCUAACAGUACUUGUUCUGAAUGUUGUUGAGUUUCCUUGUUCUGUAUUAAUUUGCUCAACUGAAUUUAAUUCAGAUAUUUGAUGUGCUGCUAAAUGCAAACAUUAGAUCUGUGUUUGCUGUGGCUUGCCUUAUGAUUCCAGUAGUGCCUGAAACAUCAAAAAUAAGGAAGAAUCUGCACAUUAGAUGUGCUCAAUAACAGUAGAGAAUGAAUGCUUUGUAUUAUGUGUACUUCAAUAAACAUGAAAAUUGCGCUGGAGUCUCAUGUGUACAACAGCAAUCUUUA